AUUGUCGAAGACGUUCUUUUUAAGCUUUCGCUUGCGAAAAAAGUGUUUAAAAAAUUAACCAAACGAACCUAUAUAUUAAAAUCCAGCCGUGUUUAUAAUUCUCCUACAGUAAUUGAAAUAAAACAAUUGUGUUAUAUUUGUGAAAAGCAUAAAGUAAUGCAUAGAAGAGCUCUAACAAAACCGACGUCUUUUAUGUUGUCGUGGUUUUUGAUGGGUGCUCCAAAGUACAAAUACAACGCAUUUUCAGUUUUAACAUUCCGUCUUCGUGCUUUUUUGCUAUUUCCCACAUACACGUAGUUUGACAAAACGCAUACAAAACUAAUAAAAUACUAAAAAGUUGAACAAUUUCAAAUAGAAACAUUAUUCUUGCGUUUCUUCAAGUUAUCGCUUCUUUCACUUUGAUUUCCUUACUCCACUGUGGUGGUGGUGUUUUUGCCAAUUAAUUGUUGUGAUCAAUCGCGCGUAUAAAUACUGCGACUGUGUGUGAUUCUUGUUGUCUUCUUGUAGUUUCACACGAACUAGGUAGCCAAACGAAGAAAAACAAUCUUGAAUGUUGUGUUUGGUUUCAUCGAUCGUGGACAUAGCGGCGGCCUACACAAUUUCUACCCAUUGCCGAAAGAAGAACUAUGGGCAUUCAACAUGAUUUGAAUGUCGUACGCAACUAUCGCAAAUCACUUUUGCAUCUCACCAUGUUGACAUCAAUUGUUGCUGCUGCAGCAGCAACAGCUACCAUCGAACCCCCAUUAACAUCAUCAUCAUCAUCAACCCCACCGCUUAAAGAAGGCGUCCCAGUUGCAUACCCUCCACCAACUGAAUCGGUGAAUGAUAAUAAUGGUCAGCUAGUGGCCAACAAUCGUCCAGCUAUACCGUAUUGUGAUGAGUCCAAUGAAAUCACAAUUGGCAGAAGACUUUUAUAUGUUACCACUUUGGAUGGACGUCUAACCGCUUUGGACAUAACCAAAAGUGGUAAACUACGCUGGAGUAUUCCCACCGGUCCGGGUCCAUUGAUUUCCUCGAGCAUACAUCGUUUAGAAUUGACAAAUAAUGGACAAUUUGUACGUAUGAUACCUUCGUUGAGCGGAGGCAUAUACAAAUUUGAUGGCGAAUCUAUAGAUCCUAUACCCAUAACCACCGAUAACUUACUCAGUUCAUCGGCCAAGUUUUCCGAUGAUUUGGUAAUAUCUGGCGGCAAAGAGACACGCACUUAUGGUGUAUCAGCACGCACCGGUCAAUUGCUGUAUGAGUGUUCCAUGCAUGGUUGUGUUAAUUCAACCGAUGCCGAAUACCAAAAUCGAAAUGCUACAAAAACCGUGGAUGAAGACGAUGAAAUUAUUAUAGAAGAUGAAGAGAACAUAAAGGAUGACUUGAAUGGCAAUGGUUAUAUGAGAGAGCAUGACCCCUUAAUAGAUGAUGUAAUUGUUGUGAGACGUCAAACUCAGACUGUGCGAGCCGUUGAGACACGUACGGGAGUGGAGCGUUGGAAUUUCAGUGUAGGUCAGCAUGAAUUGGAUUUGAUACGGCCAGCGGAGUGUCAUGAUCGCAAGUUUAGUCACAUGGAUAUGGCCAUUUUGGAUUUGGAUAUUAAAGUUAUUGUUCCUGAAGGUGUUAUAUGUGCGUUUAGUAAAAUCGAGCCAACCGUCAUGUUGUGGAAAUAUAAGUUUGAUCAUCCCAUUGUAAGUGCUUGGAAAAUUGGCGCCGCUGAUUCUUUAGAAUCAAUUGAUAUGUUUGGCUCUGCCCAAUGGCUGUCGAAUCGUGAUGAUAAUGUUUUCGAAAUGCCUUUACCCAAUAUAAAUCCUUCCAUCUAUGUGGGAAUGUAUGACAGACAAUUGUAUAUACAGGAAUCCAUUAAUUUGCGCAAAGAAAUAAUGGAUCAAUCAAAUCUUUACACCCAGCUCACCAGUGAAACUAGAUUACCCAAAAUCCCCUGGCGACCCAUAUCGGCUGGUAGCAGUUCUUUGAUUAUUUAUCAACACAAUGAUGACCAGCGUAUUGCUGGAGGUUCAUACAGCUCAAAUGAAAUACAAGGCAAUGAAUUGGUGCCCUAUGAUGAGGACAAUUUCGCCCUAUCUGCCCAGUCAGUACUCAAUGCCUCGGAAUUUGUCAAUGGCAAUGGUUUCUACUUGUAUACCAGCGAUGAACUAGAUAAUACCAAUGUAGAUGACAUUUGUGGCUCAACUAAUAAUAAAGAAUUGCCCGCCAUUGAAGACAAGAAAAUUGACAAUACAAGCACCAACAAUCAUACCAUCGAUGAUGAUCUGGGUUUUAGUCUGGACGACAUUGAUGCCCCCAUUAAAGUUGUUAUUUUAUCCAUAUGGUUUUGGUGGAAAGAACUGGCCAUUGUAGCUUUCACCUCCGCCCUGCUGCUCAACAUCUUGAUAAGUCAACGCAAUCGUGGUGAACGGCAAAUUGUGGUCAUUGAACGUCAUAUACCAGUGCCUUCGGGUAUUGAGGCUACUGAAUCGUCCACAACAGCUCUACUGGGGCCCGUCACUAACACUACACAUACAAAUUCGAAUUCGAAAAGUACUGUGAAGGCUCAUCGUUCCUUAUCAGAGUCUACCUCAAAUUCUGGCGAUAAUUUUACGUCACGUUUUCAAAGUGAUUUUGAUUUGCAGCGGUGUUUAGGCCGUGGCGGUUUCGGUGUAGUAUUUGAGGCUAAAAAUAAAUUGGACGAUUGUAGUUAUGCUAUCAAACGUAUAACACUGCCCAAUAAGGAAGAAUCUCGUAUGCGGGUGAUGCGUGAGGUCAAGACCUUGGCGAAUUGUGAGCAUCAAAAUAUUGUUAGAUAUUUUCAGUCAUGGGUAGAAAAACCACCACCAGGCUGGCAAGAGGUAGAGGAUAACAAAUGGUUGGCCACCGAAAUGUCAACAUCCAUACAAAUUGAUACACCCUCCGAUACUCAUUCCACAUUUCCCACACCUCUACACUUUGACGGCAAUAAAAUUGAUAAAAAGAAACAAUUGCAAUCAUGGAUGGAAAGUAUGACCUCCACAGCCUGUAGUUCCGAUCACAAUUGCCUAAGCAAUGGCUAUGGUAAUUAUGAUGAAGAUGAUGAUGAUGAAGACGAAGAUUCCUGUGUUAUAUUCCGUUCCGAAUCCGAUUCCCUGGCUAUGCGUGAUAACAACAACUAUGACGAUGAGGAUAGUGACUCGUGUGUUAUAUUUCGUUCGGAGUCCCAAUCUAGAGCUAUGCAUGAUGACGAUACUACUGCAGAGAGUGAUAUUACAAAUAAAACUAAGUUAGAUAGAAAUGGUGUAAAGAAAAAAUCUCAUAACGAUGCUAUAUCAAUUGACAUACAAACAAAUAGCAUUGAAUUAAAUCUACAUAGGAAUCGUAAUAUUGAUUAUAGCCAAUUGUCCGAUUCAUUUCAAAUUGAAUUUGUGGGCUCAGUUAAUGGUGACGAUCAAACUCCAGUUGGGGAGGAUGAGGAAGAGUCUUCAACCCCAAAUAAAACAAAAGAAAUUUAUAAUAAAAAACGUAGACCUCAAGACUUGGCUUUAGACAUAAGUUUUGGCGAGAAUAAUAACAAUAUACGCAAUAAUUUAACGGCAAAACCCCAACAAAAUAAAGUCUAUUUGUACAUACAAAUGCAAUUGUGUCGCAAAGAAUGCCUCAGAGAUUGGCUGAGAGAUAACAAGCGUGAGGAUCGCCUAGACUUUAUAGCCAGUAUUUUCCAUCAAAUUGUAGACGCUGUCGAUUAUGUUCAUUACAAGGGUCUUAUACAUCGUGAUCUCAAACCCAGUAAUAUUUUCUUCUCGCAAGAAGGUCAAAUUAAAAUCGGUGACUUUGGCCUGGUCACCGAUAUGGCUGAUAUACCAAAUAUGAUAACCAAAUGUGGUGAUAAUACGGGUCUGCCUUCAUGUGCCCGCCAUACCCAACAAGUGGGUACUCACCUGUACAUGUCUCCCGAACAAUUACAUGGCCUGCCAUACGACUAUAAAGUGGACAUUUAUUCAUUGGGUCUGAUAUUCUUCGAAUUGCUGGUAUACUUCAGUACCGAAAUGGAACGCAUUAUGACCUUGAAAUCGUUACGUGAGGGUGUCUAUCCCAAAGAUUUUCCCUCUCAACAUCCCAAGGAACAUGAGCUGCUCAAGAAAAUGCUUUCCUCUAAACCAGAAGAACGUCCUGCCACCACAGAGCUGAAGAUUCAGCUAAAUGAAAUCCUUAAAUUACCUGAUUUACCAGGUGAUAGCGAAGCUGCUGCCCUGGCGGCUGCCGCCAGACGUUUAAGUCGUUCCCGUACAUUUAGUAGCUGUGAAUAACAAAAAAGUCAUUUGUUUAAACAAAAAAACAUUAUCUUUAUUUAUAUUUUUAAGUCAUUUCAACACACACACACUCUCCUCGUGCAUACAGAUGUAUGUAAAUUUUAAGAUUGUUGUGGUAUAAUUGAGUUAGCUGAAAGUAAAUAUCAGUUAGUAGGUAAGAAUAAAAUAUGUAGCUAUUAUUAUUAAUUCUUGAAGGGGUUUUGCAUUUAGUUUAGGUAGUUUAUGUAUUUUUUUCCAAUUUUUUUUUUUAAGUUUUUGAUAAGUAGCUUUCUGUGUUUCUGUAUUAGACCGAACAUUAGGGUCAUACAUUUAGUUUAAAAGUGAAGCUGUCUUAUAUAGAUUGUAGAAGCCUUUAAGGGGUCUUAUUAUUUGUUCAAGAAGAGCUGUUGCGUAAAGCUAUGUAGUAUAGCCUCCCAGUAUAGUAAGUAUGUUUAUUCAAAUUGAAUUUAAACUAGUUUUGAUUUAAAUUGGAGUUUAAAUUUUGAUUCAAUUCAUAAAUAUUCACUUUAAAAUAAAAUUAAGCCCCCUUGGGGUUCUAUAGUCCCCUAUAGUCCCCCUAUUCUAAUCCAAUAGUUCCAGAUUCCAGGACAUUCUAGUUUAAAUUCAUAAAAUGUUUAAAUGUUUGGAGUAAAAAUUCAUGAAGUUUGAAGUUGAAUUAGUAGUUGUAUCCGGGGGUAAUUGUAUAAUUCGUAAAUUUUCACAUUCAAAUCAAAUUCCACAUAUGACCCCAGGAGGACUACCGAGUUAAUCUUUAGAUUCCAGGAAAUUUUAGUUUAAAUUCGUAUUUUUUUAUAAAUUUACGUAGAAAUCUACUGAGUCGAAGCAUAUCUUAUUUAAUAUCGAAAAUUUUUAAAUUUCAAAUCAAAUUUAAUUGCUCAAGUUCAAAUAUUUUCUUAUUUCAAAUGGAUUUGUGCAGUGGCCGUUAAUUAAAGUUUAUUUAAAUCUGUAAAUUUUCUUUAACGAGGGGCAACUGAGUAAAAAUGAAGUAAACCCCAGUAGUAAAUUUCUAGUUUGCUUGAAAUAUAAAUUUCAGUUUAACUUAAAAUGGUAUCACUCGGCAACGCAGAAGUAAAACUAUAAAUCGCUCUAAUUUUAUGUCCAAAUCGAGUUUAAAUUCGUGUUUAAUUUUAUGUUCUAGUAAAGAUUUUGAAUUGUAUCCUUCUGGUUUCUUUUUAUUUGUAAUUUUUUCCUUUCGAAACUUUAGUUAACUUGAGUUGGAAAUUGUUUUUAUUUAAAUUCAGUUUAAGUUAGCAAGUUUAAAUUAAAAUUCGAGUAUAAUUUUGAAAUUUUAUACCGCAGGAGGACUAAUGCCGACAACUCUAUAGUAUAGCUUGUUUAAUUUCGAAUAUAAUAAUUUUUACAUCAAAGUAGGCAGCAUCAACCGCCUUACCGCCCCAGAUUUGGUUAAAAUUAACAGAAAUUCUUAUAAGUUCGGUCUGAAACCUGUAAAUCUAGUAUGAAAAUUCAAUUAAUAUUUAAAACAUUAUUUUAUUUUUAUCAUUUAAUAUUUUCAAAAUGAAUUUUUUGUUCGUAGGUUUGGUAAACCAGAAAUAACUAAAAGUUUCUUCUGUAUUUUUUUCCUAUUUAACCCACAGAAUAAACUGUAUUUAUGGUAGUCGACAAGCCAGUGGGGUGGGCUAUUGCGUGGACUGGGAGGUUAUUGUGUUUAAUUUAAAAACAUACAAUUUUUAACGAUCUUGUAUACGAAACUUGUUACAAAAUAAUCCCCAAUCAGGAGAUUUGGAAAUGAAAUUUUAGUUUGUUGAAAUUCGUAAAGAUUUAUUUUAAAUCAAACUAUUAUGCAGUAACCAAUCAACUUUUUUUUUAGUAUAUUCCUUAGUUUUGGUAAGGAAAUGCCCCUGGAGCAAAUUUUCCUUAAAUUUUUAAAAUGUUCCAAUGUAAACUUCUUUAGUCUUCAAUAGUAGCAUUGCUCGAAAACCUUAAUAAAUUCAUUAAUAAUUUAAGUUUCAGUUAGGAUUGUAAAUUGAAAUUUAUUUUCAAUUAUGUUUCACCAAUAGCUUAAAAAACAAAUCUUCUCCAAUUAGAAUUUUUCUAAUAAAACUUUUCACACAUUUACAUUCUAUUUAUUUGAUUUCCUAUCACCUAACUUGGUCAUAUCUAUUCCUACCUAAACAAAAAACUGCCAUUUAACUUUUCUCAUAAACUAACUUCAAAUAUUUAAACCUAUUCUAAUGAUAUUUACUUUCUCCUUUACUAUACACAAUCUUUCUAAUUUAUAACUAUUUUAAAAAAAACGUGCUAUGAUUAAUGUCAAUGUAAACUCUUAAAACUAACUAAACAAAUUUGAUUUAUUUUUUUACUAAUCCCUAUUUAAAAACCUUAAAUCUUAUAAAUAUCAUAAAAGUUUAAGAUGUAUUGUUAUUUCUUGCACUCUGUAUUAUCUUAUUUAAAAAAAACUGCUUUUAAUAUUACAUAUACACUUUGUUAUAAAGAAACAUUACUUGCAUUUUGUUUUCACUUCUAUUUAGCCGCAAGUGUGUUUUCUUUACUAGCCAAAUAUUUAUUUGCAUUGACAAUUCAAUUCUAUCCUAAUUUCAAUUAUUUAAUUUUAUUUAUUUGAUAAGCUCAUUUCAUAACAAAUAACUAUUUCCUUUCGUUUAUUUAAGCAUAAAGUAGAUAUAAGUUAUUUAGGCCAAAUCCAUUAAAUCUGUCCUUAAAGCAAUAUCUUAUUUUUGUUUGUCCAUUAUUCGUUAAUCGUUUAUUUUUAUAUAUCGAUGGUGAUACCUAGUAACUGGCAAUUAAACCUCAACUUGAGUUAAGCUUACCAGCAGGCUACAUCUUCCUUUUGAAGUCAUUUGUUAUACUUAUCUUAAGUUGUAUUUAAAUAGCCAAUAUCACCAUUGACAUGUUUAAUUUUGCAUUAACUUUUGUUUUGUGCGAGAUGAUCAAGUUUUAAACUAUGAACUAUAUCGCAAGUCAAAGACAACUAAUCUAAGUUUUUAUUAUUAUUUCUUUUUUGUUCGUUUUAUUAUAAAAGUGAUUGGUGAACACAGUUGAUUUUUGUUCCAUAAACUGGUCGCCAAAUAAUAUUUUCUUUUUGUAUUCUAAUUAAAUUUAAAGAGAGAAAGAAUGUAUCUUAAGAUUUUUAUCACAUAGUUAAGAUUGUAUUUUUUAUUAUUAAUAUUAUAGUAAGUAUAUGUAUGCUUAGAUAGUUUGUCAAUAAAUUCAGAAUUAAUAUGAAUUAAUUGUGAAUAAUUAAAAUGAAUAAGAACAACAUUUUAUUCAUUGAAUAAAAUUUGUAACUAUAAACAAAAACUUAUAUAAA